AUGGACCGUUCAUCCACUGCCAGCCUGAUGGCCGCCAGCAACGUCACCAACAAGACAGACCCUCGCUCGCUCAACUCGCGGGUGUUCAUCGGCAAUCUCAACACCCUGCUGGUGACCAAGGCCGACGUGGAGGCCAUCUUCGCCAAGUACGGCAAGAUUGUGGGCUGCUCAGUGCACAAGGGCUACGCCUUCGUGCAGUACGCCAACGAGCGCAAUGCCCGCACCGCCGUCGCCGGGGAGGACGGGCGGAUGAUUGUUGGACAAGUACUUGACAUCAAUCUUGCCGGAGAGCCCAAACCGCACCGCUCCAAAACCACUAAACGUUCAGCUGGAGACAUGUACAGCACUUCCUCCUUUGAACUGGACUAUGACUUCCAGAGGGAUUAUUAUGAUAGAAUGUAUUCGUAUCCAUCUCGUGUGCCUGCGGCACCUCCUCCGCUGUCCCGCCCCGUUAUCCCGUCAAAGCGCCCGCGGGUCAGCCUCAGUAGCGGAGGGGGAGGAAGCAGCCGGCGACCCAAGAGCAGCUUCUCUUCAUCCUCUAAGAGCAGCCAGAGGACCUACUCAUCCAGAAGUAUGAAAGUGGAUGAGCUGCAGACCAUUAAGCGCGAGUUGACUCAAAUCAAAAGUAAAGUGGACGACCUCCUGGAGAGCCUGGAGCGCAUGGAGAAGGACCACAGCAAGAAGUCUGAAUCCAAAGUUACUAAGACCGAGCCCGGUGAGGUGACCUCCCCGCCUCACUCGAGCAACAAGAAGGACGAGGCCCUGAAGCGGGAGCGGGACAGCCAGGAGCUCAAUGACACCGAGGAGGAGGAGGAAGAAGAGGAAGAGGACGAUGAUGAAGAAGAGGAGGGUGACCUUCUAGAGGAAGAGGAGGAGGAGAUGAAGAACCAAGAGGAAGAGGAGGAGGAGGAGGAAGGCGAGCAUGUGGAAGGUGAUGACGACGGCGACAGCAUCAACGGUGAAGAAGACUCCUAG